AUGGACGUUACGGCAACGCAUAUGUGGACGGACUCUCUAGUGACACUUUCGUGGAUCAGAUCUCAUGUAUCACGCUGGAAGGAUUUUGUCAGGAACCGGGUGGCUCAAAUUCAAGAACUCACUCCAGCUGCUCACUGGAGAUACAUACCUGGAACUUCCAACCCGGCUGAUUGCGCAUCACGAGGCCUCACGACCACACAACUUCAAAACCACGCACUCUGGUGGACGGGACCACCAUGGAUAAUCAAUUCAGACUCAUGGCCGUCGCAACCAGCACUCUCUGACGAGAUGAGUGCUACAGAAGCUCGCCCAGGCGUUUCGCUAUUGACGAUUCGUCUCACGGUUGAGGAAAGUCCACGACUCAUGGCCUGUCAGCUACAGGUCUCUCCAGAGACCUUGGAGAAAGCGAGGCUCUUCUGGAUUCAGGCCACUCAAGCAACGUACUUCUUGCACGAGCUCAAGGCAUUACAGGCAGACUCCCCGUUGCCGAAGGCACACGCAUUCAACAGAUUGACUGCGUACAUCGACGCUCAAGGAGUUAUUCGCGUCGGCGGACGACUCGCUCACGCAGCUCUCGCAUUCGAUACGACACACCCUGUAAUCUUGCCUCGUCACUCUCAGCUGUCGUCACUUAUCAUCGCUCACGCGCAUCAACGGACGCUACAUGGAGGCACGCUGUCGCACAUCCGACAACAAUACUGGAUUCUAGGCGGGAGGGCCCCUGUCAAGUCCCACAUUCUGCGGUGUGUCACGUGUGCUCGGCAGAGGGGGAUCCGUGCUCAUCAAUUGAUGGGCCAACUACCUCUCUCUCGGGUUACGCAGGUACGACCGUUCACUCACACAGGUGUGGACUACGCGGGGCCGCUCACCGUCAAAACAUGGAAAGGAAGAGAUGCCAAAACAACUAAAGGCUGGAUUUGCGUUUUUGUCUGCUUCUCAACCUCAGCAGUACACCUCGAGGCGGUCAGUGACUACUCAACGGAGGGAUUCAUUGCCGCCUAUCGACGCUUUUCAUCCAGACGCGGCGUUGCUCACACCUUACACUCCGACUGCGGCACCAAUUUCAUCGGCGCGGAUGCAGCGCUCAAAAGGCUGUUUAUCCAGUGCACUCAAGAACAUCAGCGAGUUUCUCACCUGCUCUCGCAAGAUAACACCCGAUGGGAAUUUAAUCCCCCAGCGACACCUCACAUGGGAGGAAAAUGGGAGGCCGUCGUCAAAUCCAUCAAGUACCACCUACGGCGGACCAUUGGAGAAAGCGUGCUCACCUUUGAGGAGCUCACCACAUUGCUCACUCAAAUUGAGGCAAUUCUCGAUUCGCGUCCUCUCGAACCAUUGAGUGACGACGCAGACGACAUCGCAGCACUCACGCCAGGUCACUUCCUCGUGGGAAGUCCGCUCACCGCCAUACCAGAGCCCUCACUCACCGACCUGGCAAUCUCAAGACGCUCUCGAUGGCAGCUCAUCCAGCAGAAGGCACAACAUUUCUGGACACACUGGGCAGCGCAUUACCUACAACGACAACAAGCCAUCUCAAAGUGGCACCACAGGAACAACGAAAUCAAGGUCGGGUCAUUGGUGCUCAUCACCGACGAGCGGCUACCGCCAUGCAAAUGGCCGUUAGCCCGGAUCACGGCUCUACAUCCUGGGAAGGAUGGUCUCGUGCGGGUGGUGACUCUGAAGACAGCCACUACCACUCUCAUCCGACCAGUGAUCAAGCUCUCCGUCCUGCCAAUCUCAUCAUAA